AUGUAUACUAUACAAACAUUAGAAAUAAGUGAUUUUAUGUGUCUGUAUGAUGAUAACUUUCUUAGCAACUUUGUGAUUGAUAUUUGUUUGGCUAUAAAGGCUAUCAAAAAUCAGGCAGAAUUUAGAGUUUUAUACUGUAAUGAAGUAACGGAAAUUUUAAGUAGUACAGAGUUAAAUAAAAAACAGAAAAUUAGAUAUAAUUUUGAAGAAAAUAGUGUAGUCAUUAUGCCGUGGCAUAUAAAAUUAUCAAAAUUGAAUCAUUGGAUUAUUGCAAUAAUUAAUUUCCAACUUAAAGAGUGUUACAUAUUGGACCCUAUGAAUCCUACUAAAGAUACAAAAUACAAUCAGCAAAAGUUUCAAAAAUUGUAUAGAGCUUUGAAAAAACAUUGUACUUAUGCUAAAAAACCUAUCCCUCGAGUAUCAUUGGUUCAAUGUAAAGCCAAAAACAUACCAAAACAAGUUGAUGCUUAUAACUGUGGAGUUUAUAUAAUAUACUACGCUAUCACAAUAAUGAAUAAAUCACAUUUUGACAAGAAGUUCAACCCUAAUACUUAUAGAAACGAAUUAAAAAGUUUAUUGCUAGAAAAUUCAGGUGACAUGGAAAACAUAUGUUUAUAUUGCCAAAAGUAUAUAGAACAUCACAGCAGAAUUGAAUGGGUUUCAUGCACUACAUGUCGUCGUCGAGUAGUAACUGAUUGUAUAGCUGAUCAGUAUAGACUAAAUGAUUAUAAAAAUGUUGAUUUCUAUUGUAUUUUAUGUGACAAGACUAAUAAUUAAGUAAAAAUAUUUAUUAUAAAAAUUUUAUUUUUAAUUAACAGCAA